AUGAGCAUUAAUGAUUUAAAUCAAAUAGUGAGAGAAAUUAUGGAUAGAAUGUUAAAAUUAUAAUCUGGGGAAGAUUCAGAAGGAAGGAGAUCAAGUUAAUAAUUAUCUUGUCUAAUGAUGAUGAUUUAUGAAAAAAUUAACUAGAAAUAGCGAAUGAAUUUUUGA